GUCAGAAAGUCACCUCCAGUCCGAAAUCUCUCCUACAAAGUGUUUAUCGGUUCUUUGGGAAUCAGGAAUAGAAGAGCAAAAAGGCGAAAGGAACAACUGGGACUGAGAUCAGAGCACUUUGCAUUUUGCUGCACUCAACAGAAUCAAUAAGCGAUAGAGCUUUUUUGGAUGGUCCAUUUGCUCAGGAAAGGGCGGAACUUCUCAUUCCAGUUUACUUAAGAGUGUCACCUGUAGAGUUUCUGACGGAUAACUUCAGGCCUGAAGUCCACACGGGUUCAGGAAAUGGCCAACCUGUUAUACACGGAGUAUGAAGAGAAAAUUCGUCCUUACAUUGAUCUAAUUGAUUCCCUGAGGAAACUGGGCUUGAAUAAGGACUUACCAUUACCCACCAUCGUGGUAAUUGGAGACCAGAGCUCAGGGAAAAGCUCAGUGCUGGAGAUGCUGUCUGAGGUGGCCCUGCCCCGGGGAACUGGUAUCGUGACCAGGUGCCCGCUGGAGUUGAAAAUGAAGAAUGGGACACUGGGAUCACAAUGGAAAGGACGAUUAAGUUAUGGAGAUGUGAGUCUAACACUGAACACCCCACAAGACAUUGAAGAAGAGAUUAAGAAAGCCCAGAAACACUUAGCUGGAAAAGCUGGGAUAAGUUCAGAACUGAUCAGCCUCCAAGUGGAAUCACCUUGUGCUCCAAACCUGACCUUAAUCGACCUGCCUGGAAUCAUCAGGGUCCCUAUUGGGAACCAGCCUCAGGACAUUGGAAACAUGAUCAAAAAGCUGAUCCACACCUACAUUGAAAAAGAAGAAACAAUCAUCUUGGUUGUCAUCGCCUGUAAUGUGGACAUUGCGACCACAGAGGCAUUGAAAAUGGCUCAGGAAGUUGAUCCGAGAGGAGACAGGACACUGGGGGUUCUUACGAAACCGGACUUGAUUGAUCAUGACACGGAGGAAGACAUUCUUAAAAUCAUCAACAAUCAAAUAGUUCCUCUUCGGAAAGGCUACAUGCUCAUUAAGUGUCGUGGGCAGCAUGAUUUAAGCGCAAAUACAUCCCUGGCUAAUGCACUGGAGAAGGAAAUUGCAUUUUUCAAUGACAAUGUUCAUUUUAGGCCACUGCUGAAGAAGAAAAUGGCAUCCUUCCAACAUUUAUCCAGUAGACUCACCAAUGAGCUUGUUUUACACAUCAGGAAAUGUCUACCUGCUAUCCAAGAGAAAAUUGGAAGCAAAAUAAACGAAAUUGUGAAGCAGUUAGAUAAAAUGGGAGGGGCAAUCCCAGAGGAUCCUAAAACACGAGUGCACAACCUGACCAGGAGAAUUCUAGCCUACUGUGAAGAAAUCAUUAGUUUAGCAAUGGGAGAGUACAAAAAAGAUUAUUCCAUCGAUGUGAAGUUACAUGACUUUGCCAGAGAUAAGUUUGCAGAGUGGUAUAAGAAGUUGGAUGGAGUUAAAAUAGGAUUCAACGAGGGAGCAAUCAACUUGGUCAAACAUCACGAAAAAAACUCUAAAGGGAGAGAGUUGCCCGGAUUCACCAAGUACAGAAUUUUCGAAGCUAUUAUUAGAGAACAAAUUCUGGAGUUACUGGAGCCUUCACUUGAAAUGUUAAAUGAAUUUUCAGCUAAAGUGGAAACAGCGUGUAACACAUUGGCAGUUCAACACUUUAGUAGUUUUCCACUUUUAGUGAAUGAAAUUCAGAUUAAAAUUUCUGAAGUCUGUCACAAAAUGGAAAGGAAAGCAGAGGAAAUGCUCCACACUAACUUUAAGAUGGAGGCGAUGGUUUAUGCACCAGAUGAAAUGUACAGCUACAAACUAAUGGAAUUCCAGUCUCGAGGCCAGCAAAAGGGAAAUAACUCAGUAACAAAUUCAAACCUUGAUGCCCAGGCAAUGGUUAUUCAUUUACAUGCCUAUUAUCAGAUUGCCAUAGAUCGAUUGGUUCAAAUGGUUCCCAUGGUGCUGAGGUAUUACCUUCUUCAAGAACUGUCUGCACAGAUGAAGGUAGAGCUGGCUCAGUUGUUGUUCCACAGCAAGGACGUGGAUGCUCUCAUUCAGGAGAAUGACGAAACAGCUAAAAAACGAAGAGAAUUGAAGGACAACCUGGAUCGGUUGACCGAAGCACGGAGUCUUUUGAUAAACUGUUAAUUUUCUCAGUCAGAGAGUGUGGCGCUGGAAAAGCACAGCAGGUCAGGCAGCAUCCGAGAAGCAGGAGAAUCAACGUUUCAGGCAAGAGUCCUUUAUCAGGAAUACCUCAUUCUCCUGCUCCUCGGACGAUGCCUGACUGGCUGUGUUUUUCCAGAACCACACUCUCGGCUCUGAUCUCCAGCAUCUGCAGUCCUCACUUUCUCCUGUUAAUUUUUGCACAAUGAACACGGAAAGUGUGAGUGGUGUAGUGGAGAGUAAAAAUGAUAUUGGACUGUAGAUUCAGGUAGCAACACAAACGGGAUCUGGUAAGUGGGGUAGGUGAGGGGACAGAAGGCCAUCUAACUUCCUGAAUCUCAGUUGUGCUGGAUGGGAAGCUCAUGAACAAGACCAUUUUUUUCUCUCUCUCCCAUUGAUUGGCUGGCAGAAUAUUAACCCACUAAAAGAAAGCAAAAGGAAAGAUGUGACCACGGUGGGCACCAAGAGUCAUAUUGGCAGUGCCCUGGGUAUGAUCCAUUCGCUAAAAAAUACUCCCAUCCUUCCCCACGACAAAAAGUAUUGGGGUACUGGAGGGGAUACCUGUGAGGGAAAACUGAGGACAAAUACAUUGAUGGAGGAAUGGGAGAACAUGAGAAAGUAGUGUGUUUUAUUAAAACUUAUGUGUAGAGUCAUAUGGUACUGAAACACACCCUUCGGACCAACCAAUCCACACUGACCAUGUUCCCAAAUUAAUUAGUCCCACCAGCUUGUGCUUGGCCCGUAUCCCUCCAAACCUUUCCUAUUCAUGAACUUAUCCAAAAGUCUUUUAAAUGUAACUGUAUCUGCACCCACCACUUUCUCCAGCAGUUCAUUCCACACACAUAUAGUCAUACAGUCAUAGAGACAUACAGCACGGAAACAGACCUUUGAUCCAACUUCUUCAUGCUGACCAGAUUUCCUAAAUUAAUCUUGUCCAUUUGCCAGCAUUUGCCUAUAUCCCUCCAAACCGUUCCUACUCAUAUACCCAUCUAGCUGCAUUUUAAAUAUUGUACCAGCCUCUACCACUUCCUCUGGCAGCUCAUUCCAAACACACAACACCCUCUGCGUGAAAAAAAUUGCCUCUUAGGUCCCUUUUAAAUGUUUCUCCUCUCACUUCAAUCCUAUGUCCUAUAGUUUUGGACUACCCCACCUCAGCGAAAAGAUCUUGUCACCCAAUUCAUGCCCUUCAUAAUUUUAUAAACCCAGGUCAUCCCUCAGCCUCUGACCCUCCAGGGAAAAUAGUGCCAGCCUCUCCCGACAGCUCAAGCCCUCCAACCCUGACAUCCUUGUAAAUCUUUUCAGAACCCUUUCAAGUUUCACAACAUCCUUCCUAUAGCAGGGAGACCAGAAUUUCACACAAUAUUCCAAAAGUGGCCUCACCUGUCAGCUUUAACAUGACCUCCCAACUCCUAUAUUCAAUGCAGUGACCAACAAAGGCUACCAUACCAAAUGCUUUCUUUACUGUCAUGUCUACCUGGGACUCCAAUUUCAAGGAAGUAUGAACUUGCUCUUCAAAGUCUGUUUGUUCAGCUACUCUGCCCAGGUACCUUACCAUUAAGUGUUUAAGUCCUGCCCUGAUUUACCUUUUCGAAGUGCAGCACCUCACAUUUAUCUAAAUUAAACUCCAUCUGCCACUCCUCAGCCCUUUGGCCCAUCUGUGUAAAAAUGUUGUCCCUUUUUCUAGGUAAAAGCAAUGACUGCAGAUGCUGGAAACCAGAUUCUGGAUUAGAGUGGUGCUGGAAAAGCAUAGCAGUUCAGGCAGCAUCU